AUGAGUCUUUUCGACUACACCGAGAGCUCCCAAAGAGUCAUCUUUGGCGAGGGCAGCCUAUCAAAACUUCCCGAUGAGCUUACCAAGCUCAACUGCACCAAACCACUCAUAUUGACAACGCCUUCAAAGACAUUCUACGUUGACGAUGUUGCGAAAAUUCUAAAUGGACAGAUUGCGGGUUCAUUUACGCAAGUCGCAAUGCAUACUCCAAAGGAAGUUACUGAAGAAGCGUUAAAGCAGCUCAGAUCCGUCAAUGCCGACUGCGUUGUAUCAAUUGGUGGCGGGAGUGCCGUGGGACUGGGCAAAGCAUUAUUUAUUCGCACAGGGCUGCCUCACAUCUGCAUACCGACUACGUAUGCUGGCAGUGAAAUGACGCCCAUCGUAGGCCAAACAGAAAACCGGGUCAAAGUUACUCACAUUGACCGGAAAGCCAUUCCGACAGUUGUCAUUUACGACGUGAAUUUGACGUUGACGCUGCCGACUAACAUAAGCGCAACAAGCGGCCUUAAUGCCAUAGCUCAUGCGGUCGAGGCUUUGUACGCUCAAGAUGCCAAUCCCAUCACAAGCAUGUUUGCAUUCAAGGGAAUCCAAACUUUGGCUAGAUCGCUGCCUCAAAUAAUGCAAAACCCAAGAGACCUCAAAGCUCGCUCCGACGUUCUACUUGGUGCUUGGUUCUGCGGAAAAUGUCUCGCUGGGGCAUCCGUAGCUCUGCAUCAUAAACUCUGCCAUGUCCUUGGGGGUACCUUUAAUCUGCCUCACGCGGAAACGCAUGCAAUUAUUUUGCCUCAUGCGCUGGCAUAUAUUGCUCCAAGCAUCCCCAACAUUAUGCAGGAGUUGUCUGGCAUUAUUCCGGAAAGUAAUGGAGAUGCAGUCAGCGGCUUGAACAAGUUACUAUCUAAGCUGCAAAUUACAUAUAGUCUUAAGGACCUUGGUCUGAAAGAAGAGGAUAUUGAGGUGGCAGUAGAUAAUCUGCUAAAGAAGCCAUUCUGGAACCCCAGACCUGUUGAAAGGGAUCCGAUUCGCGAGCUGCUGAAAAGAGCCUGGGAGGGAAAACCAGCUCAAAUAGAAGUAUAG